AAUUUUCUCACAAUUUUCUAGGCUCUUGGAAAAUGUGGGACAGGGAAACGUAGGAAUUUCUACAGUUAGGGAUACAUUUCCCUUCACUGGGAGAUUCCUCGGGCUCAUACACACAGCCGACCUAUACACACGUAAUUUUUAUUACAUUACAAUGGUAGCGAUGCUGUAGAAUUUUUAAAGGCCACUAGUCGUAAUGACCUCGCCACUCUAUCCAUUUAAUGCUACGUUAACGUCUAAUUUUGCAAUUCCAGUGGUCAUUGUAAUCCUUGGAGUUGUAACUGUGGGAUUUAAUGUCUAUGGACCAGGUGACCUCGCUUGGACAAUGACCCUGCUGGGUUCCACCGGGGCGCUCUCCAAUGUUCUUCAGCAUCUCCGCACAUUUGCCUUACUUAUACAUUUAAGCGCAAAUAAAAACGGGUCCAUGCAUGAGAUCAAGUGGAAUAUGAGAGAGAGCGGGGCAAAAAAGACUCUGGGCAAAGAGGUUGUACGCUGA